GUCGUUCUGAAACAGGCGCGACGCGAUUGUCGUCAACUCACAGGGUUCUACUGAGAGGGAGAGAGAGAGAGAGCUUCUUCAGGUACUCUGCAAGAGUUAGGCCGCGGAGGAGGAGCGGCGGCGGAGGCAGCAGAAGCGGCAGCUUCUCUCUCUCUCUAUCUAUAUACAAUAUAUAUAUGUUUAUAGACAUAAAUGGAAAAUCAAAGUGGAUAUGAGAGCUACGUGGUGGUACACAACAUAGCGAAGAGGCACAACGUCGGCACACUUGCUCGGAGCGCGACGGCGUUCGGCGUUUCGGAGGUGAUUCUGGUCGGCCGCCGUGACUUCAACGCCUUCGGCAGCCACGGCUCCACCUCUCACCUCCGCUUCCGCCACUUCCACUCCCUCUCCGACGCCCGCCUCUUCCUCAAGGAGAGAGAUUGUGAUAUUUGCGGGGUUGAGAUCACGGACGAUGCCGUUGCUGUGAAUCAACAUCCUUUCAAGAAGAGCACUGCUUUCCUUCUCGGCAAUGAGGGAACUGGGCUUUCUGCUAAAGAAUGUGAGAUGUGUGACUUCUUUGUUUAUAUUCCGCAAUAUGGGUGUGGCACUGCUUCGCUGAAUGUUACAAUAGCGGCUUCUAUUGUUCUACAUCAUUUUGGAGUUUGGGCAGGAUUCUCUGAGAGAACCCGUAAUGGGGCCAAGUUUGUUGUGGCUGAAAGACCUGCGAAACAGGUGAGACGGAACUACUGUGCAGAAACAGCAGAUUCUAUUAUUGAGGAACGAAAAUUAAGAAGGGAAAAUGCUUCUAAUGGAUUUUUUGAUGAGAGUGGAAAUGACAAUUCACCUUCUAACCUUCUGGAUGCAUUGUUUGACGAGCAGUGAGAAAUCAAAUACAUGAUGUUCUCUUCCUGAGAGACUAGGAUUUUGGGCCUACAUACGUACUGCCAUUUUCAAGAAGCAAACAGCCAAUACAUGAGCAAUUCAGAGAAGAGAAGACCUCCACUGAAGGGACAUGUUUUAAGAUGAACCGUUAAGGAUAUUAUGUGGUUCCUGGGAGUGAUCAUUCGACAUUGAAUGUUUAUGUAUCAUUUUUGUAUGGAUAGAGAGUUGUGUACCAGGAUAAUCCCAAGAAUUAAGCACAUGUCUUUCUCUAAUCUUUGAUUACUUCA